GCAAGGCUCUUCCUCCCAUUUCAUGCACAAAAUAACUUUCCUUAUUGAGCAAGUUGGGGGGGAAAUUAAGAAGCAUGCAUGCAAACAUGCAUGGCAGCACAUUAGAUGCUGCAAUGAGAUCUGUCAAAUAAGACGCCUGCAGCUGAACUUUUAACAAGCUUGGAGGGACAGCGAGACAGAAGAAUUAUGGACUUGUUUGCGGCAAACGAGACGUUCUCAGAGUGUGCAGGAACGCAUACUUUUGCAGCCCAGAACGGGAGCUCGGAGACGUCCAACCUGAGCUGCAGCAACAUCUCCACGCCGCUCACACCUCGCAGUGUGCGACCAGCGGAUGAUAACCACACACUGAGGAUCCUUCUGUACGCCCUCAUCUUCUUCCUAAGCGUGUUUGGGAACCUGCUGAUCAUCCUGGUUCUGACGGCCAACAAGCGCAUGCGGACAGUCACCAACACCUUCCUGCUGUCGCUGGCCGUCAGUGACCUGAUGAUGGCGGUCUUCUGCAUGCCCUUCACCCUCAUCCCCAACAUCCUCAAGGAUUUCAUCUUCGGCGCCCUCAUGUGCAAGAUAGUGACCUAUCUGAUGGGUAUAUCAGUGAGCAUCUCUACGUUCAGCCUGGUCGCCAUAGCGAUUGAGCGCUACAGUGCCAUAUGUAACCCACUGAAGUCAAGGGUGUGGCAGACACGCUCACAUGCUUACCGGGUGAUUGCGGCGACAUGGCUGCUGGCUCUCUUCAUCAUGAUCCCGUAUCCAGUGGUCAGUCAUCUGGACUCCUUUCAGCGACCCGACAACACCACCGCCCACCAGUGUCGCUGCAAGUGGCCGGUCAUCAUGGCCGAGCAGACCUGGUACAUUCUGCUGCUGCUUUUGCUGUUUGCCAUUCCGGGGGUGGUGAUGAGUGUGGCCUAUGGACUCAUCUCCAGGGAACUUUAUCGAGGGAUCCAGUUUGAGAUGGGACACAAAAAAGACUCUACAGACGUGAAGAAUGGCUUAACGUCAGCAAUGACCAAUGGCAACGACGAUGGAGAUGGCUGCUAUGUCAAUGCCCAACGUCCCUACGGGCUGGAAAUGUCCGCCAUGACUGCCUCUGUCAAGACUCCCAAGGCGGACCGACCACGAAGCAACACAUCAGGGGCAAAGCUCGAGGCAAAGAAGCGAGUUAUCCGCAUGCUGGUGGUGAUCGUGGUCCUGUUCUUUCUGUGUUGGAUGCCGCUGUACUGUGCCAACACGUGGCGAGCUUUCGAUGGCAAAUCUGCCAAACAAGCCCUCUCUGGAACGCCUAUUGCUUUUAUCCAUUUGCUCAGCUACACCUCUGCUUGUGUCAACCCCAUCAUCUACUGUUUCAUGAACACCCGUUUCCGAAAGGCUCUGCUUGCCACGUUUUCCUGUUGCUUCGCCCCUUGCCGUCGCCAUCGCCGCCGCCGUCACGGGCUUCGGGACAACGAGGACGACGCUACGGCCAUGGGACCCUCCAUGUCCAAGUUCAGUUACACUACAGUCAGCACUAUGGGAACUUGCUGAGGCUGAUCGAGGUGGUUCCAGCACAGAUCAUCUAUUGUGUUUAGACAAAGGGAUGGAAUUUGCCGUGAUGUAGCACUAGCAGCAUAGAAUAGCUGUUUUUACAUUGUAAAUACCUUCAUUUCUAUAUACAAACACACCAAGACCAUCAAAUGUUGCUUAACUUGCAUUUUGUAACUGGAUUUGCAUUAUUGUAUUCAUUUUAUUUCAUACAUUUCAGUCAGUUGUUUAUAUGUUUGUGACUGAUUCAGCUGCCUUGCGUAUUCUGUAUAAGUGCCUGCUUUUUUCAAUGAUAACAUUAUCCCGGUACAGUGCUGUUAAAAGAAACUGCAAAUCAUGAACAAUUUGGGUUAAUUAAUCUAAAUGUGUGGUCUACAAGGAUCAGUGAGGGUGCCACUAAGCCCAGUGUUAAGAAUCAGCAACCAGUUCCUCUGUAAUUUAAUUUAUCACAAAUAUACUGUGCAUCUUUAUCAUCUUAAUAAUCAUCUAAAAAUUUAACUGCAUAUGCACAAAUUCUCCACACAGGAAAAUUAAGGGGGAACAUUAUCACCAGACCUAUGUAAGCGUCAAUUAAUACCUUGAUGUUGCAGAAAAAAGACCAUAUAUUUUUUUAACCGAUUUCCGAACUCUAAAUGGGUGAAUUUUGGCAAAUUAAACGCCUUUCUAUUAUUAUCAGCUCUGUUAUUUUCCGUUUUUUUCGACUGUUUUCCGUACCUUGGAGACAUCAUGCCUCGUCGGUGUGUUGUCGGAGGGCGUAACAACACGAACAGGGACGGAUUCAAGUUGCACCAGUGGCCCAAAGAUGCGAAAGUGGCAAGAAAUUGGACGUUUGUUCCGCACACUUUACCGACGAAAGCUAUGCUACGACAGAGAUGGCAAGAAUGUGUGGAUAUCCUGCGACACUCAAAGCAGAUGCAUUUCCAACGAUAAAGUCAAAGAAUUCUGCCGCCAGACCCCCAGGAAAAGAGAGCGGAUGAGGGUAUGUCUACAGAAUAUAUUAAUUGAUGAAAACUGGGCUGUCUGCACUCUCAAAGUGCAUGUUGUUGCCAAAUGUAUUUCAUAUGCUGUAAACCUAGUUCAUAGUUGUUAGUUUCCUUUAAUGCCAAACAAACACAUACCAAUCGUUGGUUAGAAGGCGAUUGCCGAAUUCGUCCUAGCUUUCUCCCGUGUCGCUGGCUGUCGUGUCGUUUUUGUCGGUUUCGCUUGCAUACGGUUCAAACCGAUAUGGCUCAAUAGCUUCAGUUUCUUCUUCAAUUUCGUUUUCGCUACCUGCCUCCACACUACAACCAUCCGUUUCAAUACAUGCGUAAUCUGUUGAAUCGCUUAAGCCGCUGAAAUCCGAGUCUGAAUCCGAGCUAAUGUCGCUAUAAUUUGCUGUUCUAUCCGCCAUGUUUGUUUGUAUCGGCAUCACUAUGUGACGUCACAGGAAAAUGGACGGGUGUAUAUAACGAUGGCUAAAAUCAGGCACUUUGAAGCUUUUUUUAGGGAUAUUGCGUGAUGGGUAAAAUUUUGAAAAAAACUUCGAAAAAUAAACUAAGCCACAGGGAACUGAUUUUUAAUGGUUUUAACCCUUCUGAAAUUGUGAUAAUGUUCCCCUUUAACGAUCGAUAUAAAAGAGCUUUUCUUCCUAUUACUCACAUACACUGUACAUAAAGAUGGGUGGAAUGACCUGAAAUCUACAUUGCCAUAUAUUGCAGCCUCCUGCGAUAACAAUAUAUUUCACGAUAUAGUAUUUGGUAUGUAAAUGAUAAUAGAACCAUUUCAAAAUGAGUUGCAAAGCUCCUAACCUAUGUGGUAACAAUUAUGACAUUUCAGCUUGUAUUAUUUUGUCAAAACUAUUAUUAAUCUACUUGCUCAGUUACUGUUAACAUCUGGUUACUUUCGGUUAUAACAUGGUUAUAUCUACACUUUUGUUAAAAUGUACUUAGACCUUAUUCUUCUGUUUGAAUACUGGUUUUGGGAGAUACUACAAAUUUAGGUAUCGAUCCAAUACAAAGUAAUUACAUGGGCAGUAUUGAUAAUAACAAAGCUGUUACUGAUACUUACAAUUUUCAAGAUUAUUUACUUUUGAUCACAAUUAUAAUCAGACAAAAAAAAACAG